AACUAUCGUAUCGUUUAGAAAUCACCGCCUAAGGUACAGCGCAUGUCUGAAUUUGUUUCCACGGUUGAUCAGCUGAUUAUGUGAGGACAUGGCGACCGUCAUCAAAGAUAUUGGCGAAAUUUGGAGCAGACUGUUUGAUCACCGACCAUUCGUUCACGGUGAAAUCACGUAUUUUUUACGAGAACUCGAGAAAAACAGAGUGUUCAACAAGUCAAAUGAAAAAUUUGAAUUUCCAAAGGAACGCAGAGGAGAUCGGGAAGUAGAACGUCUCUUCAAAAUUCUCGAGUAUUCAACGGAGCUGAGUCAGAGUCAACUAGACAGAGCGGAACAAUUGGGCGAUUGUCAUUUGCCGAGCCUCAAGGCAAACGCUGACGUUGCUCUGAGCAUGUGUGAACGAAUUCUUGACAGAGAGGAGCAAUUCUAUAACGACACAAAAAUCCAAGAAAAUCGAGAAAGAAGAAAAGUUGAAUGGCAAUGCUUCAUUAAUGACAUGAGCGACAAGUGUGAAAAAGUCGAUCGAACCUUUCAGGAAAAGGAAGAAGAACUCAAAGAGUUUUACAUCGAUUUGGAAAAGAAGCUCCACAUAGGGGCUUGAAAACCG